AUGCCACAUCCUACGAACCCCGCUAGACACACGCCGCUGAAAAUUGCCGUUCUCGGCGCCGGAGGCGGAAUUGGUCAGUCGUUAUCAUUAUUACUCAAAACGGAACUCCACAGCACGUGCUUGGCCGCCAACUCGACGAUCCAUAUCGCUCUGUACGACGUCAAUCGCGACGCCGUGGCCGGAGCCGCUACGGAUUUGUCGCAUAUCAACACGCCCGUGAAUGUCACGUGGCAUGCGGCUUCUUCCAGCACUACACAAGAAGCACAAGAAGCACAAAAAGCACAAGAAGACCCGCUUGCCACGUGUUUGCGCGAUGCUACGCUUGUGGUUAUCCCCGCGGGGGUUCCGCGGAAACCCGGAAUGACCCGCGACGAUCUAUUUUCCAUUAACGCGCGGAUCGUGACCCAGCUGGCCCGCGGCAUAGCCGCCCACUGCGACCUGUCACGCACGUUCGUGCUGCUGAUCUCCAACCCAGUCAACUCCCUAGUGCCCAUUUUGGUGGAGACCCUGGUUGCCAGCAGCGACGCCCGCGCGGCUCAGACCGUCGCGCGGCGCGUGUUUGGACUCACGCAGCUGGACGCAGUGCGUGCGUCUACGUUCCUGCACGCGGCUCUAGGAUGCGGCCCCAGCGACCAGCUGCGCGUGCCUGUAGUGGGCGGUCACUCCGGCCACACCAUUGUGCCGCUGUUCUCGCAGGCGUCGUGCCAGAACAGCGCGCAGGACCACAAGCUGCGCGCGCGCGUACGCGCGCUCAGCCCAGAAGUGCUCGCACAGCUGGUGCAUCGCGUGCAGUUUGGCGGCGAUGAGGUGGUCAAGGCCAAAAACGGCGCUGGUAGCGCCACGUUAUCUAUGGCCUACGCAGCUGCACAAAUCACUCGCACGUUUGCAGAGCUCUUAUUGGGACUACGUCCUCAUUUGCAAGACACUUUGUACGCGAACCUCGGAGGAGCAUUUUCGACGACGGAGACCCCGGAUGCCGCGAAGCACGUGACCGAGGUCACCAAAGGGUUGGCGUACGUUUCGUUGCCCUUGACCAUCACCAAAGACGGGAUCCAGGCUAUUGACACCCAAUGGGCACAAAAUUUAACGUCCGAUGAAGUCAAACUGUGGGCAACAUGUGUGAAAGAGCUUGAAGGCACAACGGUCAAGCCCCAAUGA